AUGGCGCACGAGUCUCCGCUGACGCACAAGUGCGAUGUCUAUGCCUUCGGAGUUGUGCUUCUGGAGUUGAUUUCAGGGGAGGAGCCAUUGAUGGACCGCAAUGGAGGAGGAGGUGGAGGAGGGUGUAGGAGGGUGAGUGUGAUCGAGACGGCGAGGGAGGCUGUGAGUAGCGGCGGCGGGUUGGAUCGGAGGUCGAAGGACUCGUUUCCGAUGGACAUGGCGGAGAAGAUGGUGAAGGUGGAGUUGGAGUGUGUGGAGGAGGAUCCGGACAUCCGACCCGACAUGGGUCGGGUUGCGGUCAAGUCAUGGGGCUUUGUGGGGGAUGUACCAGUGGGGCUAGAUGUGGUCGCGGCGAGGGAGUGUGCUGCCAUCCGUGAAGGUUUGAUAUUGGCUGUGCAGUUGGGGUUCAAUGGUAUUUUGGUGGCCACUGAUUUGAAGGAAGUUGUUUAG